AUGCUCCCGGCGAUCGCCGGGCGGCUGGGCCGCGGGCGCCCGCGGCUGGCCGGGGCUGCCGCGCUGGCCCCGCCGUCGGCGCCCGCCCAAGGGCCGUGCGCAGAGGGGUUCUCGAGUGUGCUGCACAGCGUGGACCAGUUCCGCGUGGUCUCUGCGGACCUCACCCGCGGGACGGUCUCCGGCGGCGUCUUCACCACGGUGGCGUACGCCCUGCUGGUGGUCCUGCUGUUCGCCGAGCUGGGGGCCUUCCUGAGAGUUAGCUACUCUACGAACGUCGUCAUCGACGACAAGCUUGACGAAUCGCUGAGGAUCGAGUACGACAUCUCGGUGUUCGACCUCCCCUGCAGGUACCGGAAGGUGGGCUCGUGGGACAAGUACGGGAAAGACAGGUUCGUGACCAACAAGUCUUUCACCUAUAGCACUCUGGACCACUGGGGGGGCACCGCGGGCACCAAGUACACCGAGGCGGAGAUCGCGGACGAGGCCAAGGAGCUCGACUCGGACUGGUCCGCCAGCAGCGACCACUUCCAGCACAAAGACUUCCAGGCGGCGGUGACCUUCCACGACUACACGCGGGUGAACUUCUACGCCGAGUGGUGGAGUCACUGCAGGCAGUUCCACCCAACGUGGAUGGAGGCGUCUGCCAAGAUCAGCGAGAAGAUGCUCUUCUCCGACGGCGACGCGCGGCAGUCCACGGUGAAGUACCUGAAGAUGAACUGCGUGGGCUUCCAGGACAACUGCAAGAAGGCCAAGAUAGCAGCCUUCCCGACCCUGCGGCUGUACAAGCGCGACGGCUCCUUCGAGGUUUUCCAGCAGCAUCGCUCCGUGACGAACAUCGUCAGAUUCUUGACGUCGUCGAGUAGGACCAGCCACUUGAUCGUCGCCCGUCAUCACAUGAUGUUCAACGAGGGAUGCCAGGUGGCCAGCCAGAUCCACGCGCCCCGCGUGCAGGGAUCUUUCCACCUCCAGGCGAAGCCCUUCGGCAAGAUGGACCUGAACCCCGCCAUCACGAACGUGUCGCACCAGGCGUGCGACUAUUACUGCUCUGGCUCCUGCACGACGGACUGCGUUCAGCCCACGGGGACGGUAGCCCUGGCGUGCGAGUGUAUGUCCUACCCCGACAGCGGCGAGCACAACAUGUUCAGCGUGACGCCCUGGUCGGCGGCGGGGUACGUGAAGGUCUGGCUCGGCCUGAUUGCUGCCGCCCCUGCCGACCACGACGCCGACCACGACCUCGACGGCCAGCCGCUCCACAGCGUUCGAACCCGCUCCGAGCCCGACAAGCAGCGCGAGUACGACACCUACUACGGGCACGAGUACUGCGACGAGCAAGGUGAUGACCACCACGCCCCUGACCAGCACGAUGGGAUCCUGCAGCCAGACGCUGGGCAGCAGCGCGGAGGCCCGCAGGACGCCUCCUACACCGACUGCGGGCACGAGCGAUGCAACGAGCAGUGUGACGAUGACCACGCCUUUAACCAGCACGGCAGGGAGUGGCCGCCGGUCGCCGACCAGCAUCGCGGAGACCAAGAGUGCGAUUUCAACAGCCACCACAGGCACGAGCAAUGGGACGAACAAUGCGACGAGCGCGAGGAGCCAGACUCCGAGCAGCAGGACGGAGAUCAACAGCGCGGCCUGGGGCCCCACCACAAGCAAUGCGACUCCGACAUCGACGUCUCGCAGGAGCAGGUGGACGGGCAGCCCGACGAGGAACACGCCACCGACCAGGACGACGGAA